GAGCUGGUUGUGCUCGGCGAGUGCUGCAAGUCGGGAUCAUUCGACAGCCUCGAGGACCUGCACGGCCUCCUGCGAGAAAUGGAAACUGCACUCGCGCUCAAGCCGGACGCGCUGCUGGGGACGGUCUGGUUUACGAAGGCCCUGGACCACCGCUGCAACAGCCGCGGCGGCAAGGCCAACUUCGAGAAGACGCACCGGGCACAAGCUACCGGGGACGCCAAGGUUGGGCUGCGCUGGUUCCACGCGCUGCUGCGCAACGUCCUCUGCCACGGCUAUAUCUCGGAGCAGCAGCAGGCCCUGCGGGCCUACCCGCCGCAGCUGGCCGCGCUCCACAGCAGUGGCCGUGUCGGCAAGGUGCUGACCAAAACGUACGACAGCCCACCGCCCGCACGCAGCAAGGCCCCGGUCGCGUCGGCUGUAGCAGCACCCAGGGCGCAGUUGCAGCCGCCUGGCGCAGGGCCCGCCGUGCGCCCCAUUGUUUCGCUGCAUUUGGGCAAGCGGCUGGGGCGUGCCGCUGGCGCCGCCGUCAUUCCGCGGCGUUACGUGGCGUAGACGUGAGUGGUCCGUACCACCUGGCAGACCUGAAUCAUGUUAUCACGCGGUGUGAACCUGGCAUGUGCCGCUGCUGAGAGGCGGGUCGUGUGACGAAAUUCACAGCUUUGCCCGAUGAGGUAGCCCCGGCGCGCGGUGCGCGUGGUGGUGGGGCUGGGUGGUAGAGCAGCAGUGCCUGUGCGGGUGUGCAAGAACUUGAGUGGCGAGUUUCUUGGCUUCUAUGAAGACGCGGUAACCAAUUGCAUGGCGCUGCUGCUGAGAGGCGGGCACUCCCUCGGCCCGAUGAGGUAGCCCCGGCGCGCAGUGCGCGUGGUGGUGGGGCUGGGUGGUAGAACAGCAGCGCCUGUGCGAGUGUGCAAGAACUUGAGCGGCGAGUUUCUCGGCUCCUAUGAAGACGCGGUAACCAGUUGCAUGGCGCUGCUGCUGAGAGGGGGGCACUCCCUCGGCACUGGACGACUUUGCUAAGCACAUGCUGCAGCGCGGCUUUGUGCUCCGCCGAAUGGCGGAGGCGGACCUGCAGCAGGUGGUGGACGGCUGCAACGGCCUGCUGCCUCCGGGCACCACGCAGAUGACGCGUAGGACAAGUGUGCGCGUGUUUACGGUCGCGUUUCGCGGCACCAUCACUGAGCACUGAGCAUUAUUGGCAGUUUUACGAGUAUGUGCGAAUGCAUUUGGAGUACUGGGACAAACCAUGUGUGCGGACCUGUUUGGUGCCCCAGGACACGGGGAGGAGGACGAGGCGGGGCGGGGUCCAUGUUACAUUGAAGGGGUACGAGUGCUAAGUUUGGCACGCUUGCCUGAUGUGCCUGUAAAGCUUGCACGUUGCUUUGUAAAUACGUUGUGGUACCUAAGUCUUGUUUGUGUGAACUUGAGGGGGGGUACGGAUGCUAAUUUACAGCAUAGCUGGGAAUUGUGAAGCGGUAUGUGAAGGGGUUUCACAGGGACUGAAGACUGUGUGUGUGUGAAGGGGGUUAGUCGGUUAGCGAUUUGACAGGCUAGGGCAUUAGGGCUGAUGACGAAGCGGUAAAAGGCCAGUUAGUCCGUGUACGUUGUGCGCCUGUAAAGCCUGUACCUUUGCUGAUAAUGCUGAAAGGCGUGUCAGUACCUAAAAUUCUGUUUGUGAAAAUUUGGAGGGUUAUGGGUGCUGUUUUACGGCAUUGGUAGGCAAUGUGAAGCGGUAUGUAGAGGGGCUUUACAGGAUAAGAAGGGGAUGUGUGGCCGUUCGUCGUUUAGGAUGGCGGUGGACGGCACAUGGCAGCAGGAAGGGGCGGGGUCAAAGUGAGUUGGGCUGUGAGGCAUGGGUGUACAGGCAUGCUGCGCGGGGCAUGCUUGUGUGGCGUGUGCCGCCGGCAACGCUCACCGAGCACGCACGCACGCACGUGCUCGUGCACAAGCAAGCUACGUGUUCGACCCUUCGUAACAUCCCGUGACAUCA